AUGGCUUCAAACAGCAUCAAACUCUUAUCUGGGAACUCGCAUCCUGAACUCGCCGAAAAAAUAGCCAAACAGCUGGGCCUGCGGUUAUCCAAAAUUGGAGUGUACCAAUAUUCCAAUAAGGAGACAUCGGUGACUAUAGGCGAGAGUAUUCGUGACGAAGACGUAUACAUCAUUCAAACAGGAACUGGCCAGCAAGAAAUAAAUGACUUCUUGAUGGAGUUGCUGAUCCUAAUCCACGCCUGUAAGACGGCGUCGGCCAGAAGAAUAACAGCCGUCAUCCCUAAUUUCCCAUACGCUCGUCAGGAUAAGAAAGAUAAAAGCCGUGCUCCAAUUACUGCCAAAUUGGUAGCUAAUCUGCUGGAGACUGCCGGCUGCGAUCAUGUCAUUACCAUGGAUUUGCAUGCCUCACAAAUCCAGGGGUUCUUUCACAUACCAGUUGAUAAUCUAUAUGCCGAACCUAGCGUGCUGAACUAUAUUAGAACCAAAACCGACUUCAAUAAUGCUAUUUUGGUGUCACCCGAUGCUGGUGGUGCGAAAAGAGUAGCGUCCAUCGCCGAUAAGCUUGAUCUAAAUUUUGCUCUGAUACAUAAGGAGAGACAAAAAGCCAAUGAGGUUUCUAGAAUGGUAUUGGUCGGUGAUGUCAAAGGUAAGUCGUGUAUCUUGGUUGACGACAUGGCUGACACAUGUGGUACGUUAGUUAAGGCGUGCGACACUUUAUUUGAAAAUGGCGCUAAGGAAGUCCUAGCUGUUGUAACGCAUGGUAUCUUUUCAGGCUCGGCAAAGGAGAAGCUGUAUCAUAGCAAAAUUUCCAGAAUGGUCUGCACAAACACAUUACCGAUUGACUUGAACUUGUCUAUCUGUGACCAAAUAGAUAUAAGUCCUACCCUGGCAGAGGCUAUUCGUAGACUGCACAAUGGUGAAAGUGUCUCGUAUCUAUUCACUCAUGCCCAAUGA